AUGACGAAGCUCCUGCAGUGGCUGCUCGGUGUGUCGGUACUGGGCUCAGUUUGGGCUCUGGUCACUUUCGACCUGUUGGACCUGAGCCUGCCGCAGACUUACAGAGAGGUGGCGUGGCCGAUGCCUCUCUAUCUGCUGGUUUCCUUCGGCUGCUACUCCCUGGCCACGGUGGGAUACAGGGUGGCCACCUUCAAUGACUGUGACGAGGCGGCGAAAGAGCUCCAGGAGCAGAUAAAAGAAGCCAAAGAGGACUUGAGGAAAAAGGGAUUAAAGAUGUAGAAGAAAGACUAUGUAGAGACAUUUGAAAUGAAAGCAUGGACCACUGUCACACACACAAACACAACUCAUUGUCUGCGCCCGUGAUGUUCAAGUUACUGAACGAGGAAAUAUGUGAAAUGUGCUGGAUUAAAAGUCACUCAGUGAACACAAUCUGAACAUCAGUCAUAGUAACGCGUCAUACAGUCUUAUCCACCAGUCGAUAUUGAUCGGCUGUGUUCAGUGUUUUCUUUUUAGGUUAUUUAUAACAUAAGUCAGUAUGAACCUUUUACAUUUGUUACCCACUUCUGUGUAAAAAGCAACUGAAACAUAGUCACCAUAAGUUUCUGUUUGUAACGCUUGGGUCAAUGAUCACAUCUUUAACUAGAUAAAGAAGCUAAACCUUGAACGCACGCCGGGGUGUGUCUGAAAACUACACCCAGUUCGUGUCUCUGUGGAGCUAAACUCUCAUCUGCAACCAGUUGCCAUUCACCGAAAUGCCAACAAAUGAAACCUAAAGGUCACAUUGUUGCAAUCUGACUAAAGACUGUUUCUGCUGGGAAUUCUCAGAUGCUUUCAAUCUGACUGCGCUCCAAAGAAGUAACUUCACAGGCUGGACCUUGUUGUUGUUGUUGUUGUGUGUGUGUCUGGAGAUUGUUGCUUGUCAGUGUAGGUGGACUAGAUUUUAUCUGUAAAGAAGUGUACAUUCCAGUGCCCAAUUUCAGACUUGCACCCUGCAGGUAUUGCUGAGAAUUAAUUAAAUGGGAAUCUAUUUCUUCA